UAGUGCUACUAGCUGGGGAACAGGGACCACUUUCUGUAUUCCAUGAUCAAUAAUAUUUGACAUGGCAUCUUUACAAAAUGUUGAUCCCGCUCUGAAGGAAUAUAUUCUGAAGCACUCCUUACCUCAGAUUUUUCAGGCCUUACUCACAGGCCUUUGCGUGUCGUGUCCUGAGAGUCCAAUGCAUUUCAUGGAGAUGAAAAUUAUGGCAUUGCAGGAGAACCACCAAGAUAUGGAAAUUGAGUGGCACACAUUGAUUGAUAAUUCUGAGCGAGUUGCCAUGACUUCCCUGGCAUGCCGGCUGGUGCACAACAUCAUUGGUAGCCAUGAGAACAGCCUGUUUCAUUCACAUCUUGUUGAGAAGGCCUACACCUGCUACCGAAAAUGUUUACUGAGUAUGUGCUUCAGGGCUUGGAAAAAGUUUAUUUUGGAGAAGAGGAGCGAGGCAGUAGAGCUGAUGAUGAACAUGGAUGUGGCAAAUACUCACUACAGCCUAUGGAGACAGAAAGUGGCACUUGGCCGGUGGAUGGAAUGGGUGCAGAUCCGCAAGACUAGGCAAAAUGAGGCUGUGAAAAAGAUUGCGCAAGUUUGGACUGUCGUCUACUGCAAGAUCAUCAUAGGUGCGUGGAGGUUCGUGGUACAGGACGCAAAGAAGACAAAGGACUACUUUGAGAGGCUGGAGGGUGUGUCAGAGUUGAACAGCCAGAUGUCAGAGGUUACCAUGGUAGAAGGGAAAGACAGCCUGUCACUCCUGCCCUGCAAGGUGUCACUACUGAUCUUCCAUUAUUUGGAUGUGGGGGACCUACUGAAGUGUGCCGAGGUAUGUUGCACCUGGAGGACUAUCGCUCAGACGUGUUCGCUGUGGAGCAGGAUCAACUUCUCGGUGGAGCGAGCAUGGAUCACAGACUGCACCGUGGGGCAGAUCCUGCAGAAGCACCGCCCGUUUGUGGUCCACCUCAACAUGCGUGCGUGCACCUCCCUACAGUGGCCCAGCAUCACAUGCAUCAGUGAAUGCAGAAACCUACAAGAGCUCAACCUGUCUGAAUGCUCCAAUGUUAAUGAUGAGAUGGUGAGGAUGAUCGUAGACAGCUGCCCCUCUCUGCUCUACCUCAACCUGUCUGCCACGCUGGUAACCAACGGAGCUCUGAGAGAGCUGUCCAGGAUCUGUGUGAACCUGCAGUACCUGAGUCUAGCUGGCUGUCGCACCUUCUCUGAUAAGGGUUUGCAGUACCUGUCCACAGGAAGGGGCUGCAAAAAUCUGCUGCACCUUGACCUCUCCAGCUGCACCCAGAUCUCUGUGGAAGGUUUCAGACACAUUGCUGCAGGAUGCCCUUCCCUUCAGGAGUUAGUGUUCAACGAUAUGCCCACCCUGACAGACAGCUGUGUGCUGGCACUUAUCUCCAAGUUACAUUCUCUGUCUGCUGUCUCUCUCAUGGACACACCCCAUCUGUCAGACUCCGCUUUCAAGGCCAUCGCUGAGGUGGCCAAUCUUAGGAAUUUCAUCACUGAGGGAAACCCUCGCAUGACUGACAUCAGCUGGAAGGCUCUGUGCCGCAGCUCCCCUGGCCUCACCAGACUCCACGCCGCCCAGUGUCCCAGGAUGACUGACGUCAGCCUCAAGGCCAUGGGUGUCCUGAGGAACCUGCUGAACAUCAACAUCUCUCACUGCUGUAGGGUGACUGACAUGGGGCUGCGUUACCUGACGGAGAGCCCAUCUGCCUCCAGGCUGCUGGAGCUGAAUCUGGAUCACUGCAGCCGCAUCAGCGACCUGUCCAUCAUGAGGGUGGCACAGAGGUGCUCCCAGCUGAGGCACCUGAGUGUGCGUUACUGUGAAAACCUGACUGACGCAGCCCUGGAGUGGCUAAGCAACAGCUCCGUCAUCUCUCUGGACAUUAGCGGCUGCAACGUCCAGGACCAGGGACUGACGUUACUUGGUGGAAACUGUGGUCUAAAGAAGCUGGUGGCCUCUGAGUGUGUGUGGAUCACAGACAUCAGCAUAGAGAAGUUCUGCAGAGAGGUGCCGGGUCUGGAGCAGCUGGACGUGUCUCACUGCGUGUCCCUGUCUGACCAGGCCAUCAAGGCCCUGGCAUUCUACUGCAGGGCCCUCAUCUCCCUGAACAUGCGAGGCUGCCCAAAGAUGACAGACAUGGCAGUGCAGUACCUGGCGGGCACAGGUCACUUCCUGCGGGAGCUGGACCUGAGCGGCUGCAUGCUGCUGACGGACAAGACAGCUCGCCUCCUCCAGAGGGGCUGUCCUCAGCUCUGCAGCAUCAGCAUGAACUACUGCACCGCCAUCUCCAAGCUGGCUGCUGUGAGGCUGCAGACACGGGUCAAGCUCUGGGAGCAUAGCCAUGACGAUGCCCCCUACUGGUUCGGCUACAACAACCUGGACCAGCUACUGCAGCCAAUCAGAAAGCCUGGCAAAGUAGAUGACACUUGGGAGGAGGAAGAGCAAGCAACCGUCCUUAGAAACACCAGCUUCCAUGACAACAAGAGGAACGAAAGAGGCGUGUCCUUGACAUGUGCAGCAAACCGGAGUAAUCGAAGAAUGACCACAAUGAAAACCGGUUAUUAAAGGACCCAUUUUUUCAUGGGAUUCCAUAAUGUUUUAUAUGAGAUACAUAUUCCAUCAUACAUCCCCAGGAAAGCACAUCCACACACUCACCAGCCCUGCUAAUCAUGACCUAUAUAUUAUUUAUUUUAGUUUGUGUUUCAUUUAGCAUUUGAAAUAACUUAAAAAACAAAACAUGAUUGAUUACAUACAAUAUCCAUUUCAGUACAUCCCAGGAAACGUUUCUAAGCGAUGGUUCUUCCAAAUGUGGUAAAACUGUGUGGGUCCAUCCUGCCAGCCUGGGGGUGGGGGGGGGGGGUGGGGGGGGUCCAUCCUGCCAGCCUGGGGGUGGGGGGGCUCUACUGCCCAGGUUUCAAGGGUUCGAGGAAGGGACGAACUCAGCUCCCCAGUUUCAGGGACUCAAACCAGCUCUGUGUCUUCACCCUGACGGUGCC